AUGUAUUGCAAAUAUCAAGAAUCGGAAUUGACAGAAAUGGACAAUUCAGUCAAAGCACUACAAUUGGACGAGAAUCUUGAUAAUAGUCCAAGGAUUUCGAGCCGUAAAUCUAUAAAGAAACAUGAUGAACUGUUGAAAUCAAGUGGAGAAAUAUUGCGUAAACUGAAUGAAGUUCGACAGACCAAAGCAUAUGAAAUGAUGAAGUACGAAACGAUAGCACGUAUGAAUGCUUCAAGUGUUACUGCUUAUCUGCGACAACAACGUUUGAAACCAAAUCAAGUGCCACUGUCAGAGACGGAAGCAAUCCUUCAAAAACAUCAUGAAGAAAUGAAAAACCACGCUGCUAUUAUCAUUCAACAAUUUUUUCGAAGAAUAACUCGUAGGAAACAAAUCGAUCGAAUCUUUUGCACCUGGAAAUGGAUAUCACUACCGAAACGGGUGCAAUACAUUGAAGCUAUAGCGGAACGUAUGGCAGGUGGUACCGUACCACGUAGGAUCGAUUAUUCGAUCAUCAAAAACAAGCUUGUUGAACACAAGAGAACAAUGUAUAGAAAUGUCGACAAUUAUGUUCGACGUGAACAAUUGAUUAAGCAUUUUGCUAAUGAUUUAGCAUUACUCAACGGUUGGUGCAUUAAAAUUGACAACUUGUAA